GUGGUUUGCAGUAUUGCAAAAACAAAACUUUUCUAUUUUGUUAUUAAACUUUCAUGGCAAGUUUGGAGGGUCUAGAAAACAGGGCAAAUUUCUUGGUAAUUGCUUAGUUUAUUGGAGCUUAAGUGACAGAAUUUUUCCGAGAAUGGCCCCUGUACCCUUAGAAGGGUUACAAACCCCUGUUGCCAACAAUGUUGGACAGGGCUUAAUGGGAGGACCACAAGAAGGCAAUAGGGGUGGAAUGAUGUCGUUAGCCAUGUUAAUCGACUUUAUAGUGCAAAGAACCUAUCACGAACUUACUAUAUUAGCUGAACUGCUGCUACGGAAAACUGAUAUGGAAAGAAAAAUUGAAAUAUAUAACUUCUCCACAAGAACCAGACAGCUAUUUGUUAGGCUACUUGCUUUAGUAAAAUGGGCUAACAGCGCAUCUAAGGUUGAAAAAUCUGCUCGAAUAAUGGCAUUUCUUGACAAGCAAUCUCUUUUAUUUGUGGAAACGGCUGAUAUGUUGGCAAGAAUGGCAAGGGAGACUCUGGUACAAGCUCGUCUCCCUAAUUUUCAUAUACCGGCUGCUGUGGAAGUCUUAACCACGGGUACUUAUGGUCGGCUACCAUCAUGCAUUAGAGAGAAAAUUGUACCUCCUGAUCCAAUUACUCCUCAAGAGAAAAGAAAUACUCUUUUAAGAAUAAAUCAAGUGAUUCAACAUCGCUUAGUUACUGGAAAUCUGUUGCCGCAAAUGAAGAAUCUAAAGAUUGAAAAUGGAAGAGUGACAUUUCAUGUUCAACAUGAAUUUGAAGUUGCUUUGACUGUUAUGGGUGAUGGACCAAAUAUACCUUGGAGGCUGCUAGAAAUUGAUAUAUUGGUAGAAGACAAGGAGACUGGAGAUGGUAAAGCUUUAGUGCAUCCCCUCCAAGUUCAGUAUAUACACCAACUCAUACAAGCACGUCUUGUUGAUAACUUGCAACCACUAACUGAAGUAUACAACUGUCUUCAUUUCUUUUGUCAGUCCUUGCAACUGGAAGUUUUGUAUUCACAAACGUUAAGACUUAUGAGGGAUCGAUUAGAUGAUCACAUAUAUGUUGAUGAAUAUAUUCCUGGAAAGUGUUUGACAAUUUCUUACUGGAGGGAAUUAACUAAUAAAGGAAAAGAACUAGCAAACAAAGAUUUAAGAUCAGAACUUGGUUACAAAUUGACAAUACAAGUUGACCAGCACGAUCCCGCACGACCAUUAGCGGUGGUACACAUACCUUCAUUAGGAAAUAAGGAAAGUGAAAUAGCAGACCGAGCCAUCAGAAGUGAAGUUCUCUCUAUGGAAAGGCUAUUGGUUCAUACCAUUUAUGUAAGAACUCGCAGUAGAUUGGGAGAUAUUAAGCUAGAGCUUCAAGGGAUGUUAAAAGAAGUAGAAUGUAACUUACAAGGAUCUCCAGCAAUCCUUUCAGUUGCAAUACUCCAACCAUGUUUAAGAGCAGAACAGUUACUUAUUACUGUGGAUACUCACACUGGUAUGUUGCAGAGUCAUGUGCCUCAAUAUGAUCCACCCCUGAUUCCUGAAGUCAACAAUGUAUUAAAUGGAGAUCGGUCCAAAUUGCCAUUGUUUAUAUCAGAACUAAGGUACUGGAUUACCCAAAGAAGGUGCGAAAAAACCUUGCAGCAUUUGUCUGCUACUGCUCAUGAAAGAUUACCACUUUUAUACUCACCGGACCAUCCUAUAAAUAAAAUUGGAAAACAUAGAAUGUAUGUCCAACUCCAUCGGCACACCAAUGUUGUACUUAUCGUGGAAAUAAAAGAAAAAGAAAGCACUCAUUGUGAGACAGAUUGUUCAUUUUACAUGUGUGUUGUCAAACAUUCCAGCAUCGAAGACAAUCCAAAUGAUGAAAGCAUAGAAACUGAAAUACCCAAAGUAUUUUUGAAGGUUCAAACUCUUAUUGAAUUUGACACAUUUGUCGCUACCCAUGGGCCAUUUACAUGCAUUGAUGGCGGUGUAGAUCCAGACCACACCGAAGGUAAUAGUCUAAAGAGGAAGGGAGGAAUUAAGGCAGAAUCUGCAACUAGACGUUCUAAACAACCUGCUUAUUUCAUUGCUGAGCUUGCUCAUGUCGUAGCCAUGUGCGAUGAACGACUCCCAUAUGUUACUCUAGCAAAUGAGCUGACCAAGAAAAAUAUAUUCCAUCAAGGACUUCAAGUAGAGGCUAAUGCAACUGGUCUAGUUUUAAAGCUUAUUCAAUUACCCCCGCCUACUACUGAAAUAGGUCGUUCUCAAGCAUGGUUUGCUUUACUAAAACGCCUUUUAUCAGUUUCAAUAAGAGUGCUUAGUAAAGGAGCACUAAAAAGUUGGAUGGUGGAAUUUGUCUUUUGUUCAACUCCCCUCUCUAGCACACAUGCUAAGGAGCAAGGUUCAAGACGUCCAAUAUACUUUCAGUACGAAAUGACAACUAUAGAUCAGACAUCAAAAACCGUAGAUUGUCUUCUAAGCGAUUGGUGGCAAAUAGUUCACCUUUACACAGUGAUUCAUGAAUUAAGUGAAUAUCUUAAAUUAGAUAAAUACAGUUACUUGAGCAACUUGUUUUCAAUAAAAUCAUACAACUACAGCAAGUUAAUACUGUGUUAUGGAGCAGACAAAGGUGCAAUGGUAUCAAUAAUGUGGAAUAAUCAACUAAAAAUGUUUAAGCUUACAUUUGGCGCUAUGCAUAAUUCUUUAAAUGCUCAUUCCUUGACACGAGAACAACUAGAAGCUCACCUUAAUGAACAUCGAAACCUAGCCCAGAUAAUACAGCUUCUUGUUGAAACUUAUGAACCUCUCUUGUCAAUAAGCAAACUACCCACCUUACCUCAGCUUGGUGUGCACAAUACCAGACCGAAAGUUCCAGUAGAGACUUUUACCAUAAUGGCACAAUCCUGUACUCUUAUACGACUUGCUUAUCAAGGCAUGUAUUGCCUGGAGUUAAGAAUUAGGGGCGGCGGCUUGGUAUCAUUACGAGACGGAGCUUAUAGUAGAUUUGACAGAAGUAAUGUCGUUGAUGUUUUCAGUCCAACUCAAUUAUUGAAAGCGUUUCUAUCAAAAUAUGUGGAUGAAACGGCUGUCUUUAGAAGAAGAAGUCAAAGUGAAGAUGAUAACCCCCCAAGUCCGGUUGAAGUCGAUGGUGGUGGAUUUUUGGGACACCAUAGACCACCUCAAUCACCGGCAGGCGCAAGUAGAGCUGAACCUGGGCUUAGGUUUCAUCCCCCUUUGACUCCUCCAUCUGGCUCUAAUCCCCAUACUCCUGCUUCACCUCACACUUCCAAUAUCAAUCAAUCACAUGCAAGUUUUGGCUCAAGUCCAGCAACCUCAUUUAAUUUAGCAUCGCCCACAUCUUUACCGACCAAUAUUAAUCCAAGCCCUAUGCCUCAUCCUAGUCCCAGCUCUGGAUUAAUUGCCAAUUCACCUUUGAAUCCUCAGUUGGCCAGCCCAGGCGGACUACUGAGCAAUUCAAGUCCUGGACCUCAAGGAGCUGGCACAAAUUUACCAGGACAUUCACCUGUUAGUAGUUUUAUGCCUUCUGGUCAUACCGAUGGAAGCCCAUUUCCUUCUUCUCAAAGCUUGUCAUCACCUGCCACCUCAAAUUGGCCUGGCUCUCCAAGUAUGCCAAGACCAUCUCCAGCAAGGACAGGACAAUCUCCUGGGGGACCAAUUAUGCACAGUCCUCAACAAAUUGACCUAAAGACAGGCAACCAUCUUUCCCGAGUGUUGCCCCAAAGAUCUUGGGCUGGAGCAGUUCCUACUUUGCUUACCCAUGAAGCACUUGAAACAUUGUGCUGUCCAACAGCUCAUCCACAAGGUAUUCCCGGGCCAGAUUUAUCCCCUUUGGAAAGAUUUUUGGGAUGUGUUUACAUGAGAAGACAGUUGCAGAGAUUUAUUCACAAUGAAGCAUAUCUCACUGCAAUUCCCAAUAAUGAGCCAGCUGUGACCCAUUUCAAAGUUAAUGAAAUCCUACAAUGCAGAGUAGGUCUAAAUACUCAACACCUUCAGAGCUUACAUUUAAAAAUUAAUCAAUUACCUGAUAAAGAAAUAUUCUCACCUGAAGAAAUUCAGGUUUUGGAAAAUUUCUUUGAGACUAGGGCAGCUGCACCACCUUAUAAACCUACCUCAAUGUUUACUUUUUGUAGUAUGUUGAAUGUUCCCGUAAAUGUUCUGAAGGACUUUAUACAAAUAAUGAAGCUCGAAUUGAUGCCCCCGCAACAGGGUAUGAAGUGGUCAGUUCAGUGGAUGCUGAGGAUUCCGCCAGCUGCUCCACCCAUUGUACCCACCGGUACUCAAGGUGUUUUGGCUUUUAGGAACAAAAUAUUAUUCUUUAUUCAAAUAACUCGUAUUGGAUUGCAAUACCCAGGCACUAUGGAGCCGCCCUCAAUAGUGUUGCCCCUUAUCUACGACGUAGCUGGAAAUGUCACUCAGUUAGCAGAAAAACGUGAAACUGGCACAGUGCCUGCGAUGACUGCGGCGAGCCAACUGCUAAAACAUUUUAGCCAGUUUCAGGCAAAUAUGGCCGAGUGUUCAGUAUAUCCCGCUCUAAGAGAAUUACUUAUUAAUCUUACUUUACCCUCGGAACCUCAACAACAGAGUCCGGUUCCAGGAGCUGUACAACAAAUUCAGUCACCUGCGAUGCCCAUGCCUGGUCAGGCCGGAAAUCCAGCGUAUCAGCCACAUAUGCAAAUGGGAAUGAUGGGAACACAGUAAUUUAUCUGUAUUUAAUCAGUGUAAAUAAUUUUCUUAAAAAU